AUGGCCGCCACCAACGAUACCGUUGAUAUCUCUCAACAAACCAUUCACAAUAUCAACAUGUCUAACAUCAUCAAACUCAACUCCACCAACUACUUAAUGUGGAGCCUUCAAGUCCACUCACUCCUUGAAGGCUAUGAUCUCGCUGGCCAUCUAGAUGGAUCUACAGCAGUCACCUCGGUCAAUCCUGCAUACACCAAGUGGAAACGCCAGGAUCGACUCAUUUACAGUGGUCUUCUCGGAACCAUCUCUCUGACCAUCAUCCAACCGAUCCUCUCCACCUCACGGACCUCUUUUGAGAUCUGGUCUACGCUCGCCUCUACGUAUGCCAAACCUAGCAGAGUACAUAUCAAACAAGUCAAACAUCAACUCAAGAUUUGCUCCAAAGGAACCAAGUCCAUUGAUGAGUACAAGUUGGUGGUCGAUCAGAUCGAAGGCCGUGAUACACCUCCCUCUCUCACCGAAGUACAUGAGAAUCCAGUCUCAUCUCUGCCAACUCUUCUGAGGAUAGAAGCUCCAAUCACUACAAAUCUGGCCAACACCUGUCCUCGUCAGUUUCAGAACAAGCACACCGCUCGCUUAAACCAGUCGUGGAACUCAAACCCCACACAUCAUCCACACACUGAGAUGAGUCAAGACAAUCGCAUGACAAGAGGAGGAUACCAAGUCAAGUGUCAACUCUGCGGUGUGCAAGGCCACAGUGCCAAGACGUGCCCGCAACUUCCAAAUCAGGAACGGGAGAGGAUCCAGGACGUAAAGCUUCAACUGGAAUAUACGCGUUGGAAGGCUGAGAAGCUGGAGAGCAAGUACAAUGUCGAGCUGAGUCUCAGGAAACAAUCAGAAGCUGCAUUGGAUGAAAAAAGGAUUGAGUUGGAGGUGACCAAGCAAGAGCUUGAGACAGUGAAAGGGCUACUCGAAUCUUCCAACGAAGAAACAAAUGCGAUGAGAGAAGAGAGGGAUUUAGCACUCGAGGUCAUGACAGAUCCACACCUCACAGCCGAUGGACAUACCUACGAAGGAGAAGAUAUUAAGAAAUGGUUUAGCACUGGCCACGAUACCUCACCCCUGACAAAUCUCAAGCUUCCUCAUUUCAAUCUUGUCCCAAACCGUUCUCUCCGGUCUGCGAUUCAAGACUUGAAUUUGUGA